AUGAUCCUCCGAUCCCUCCCUAUCCAUGCUGCGGCCAUUGCAGCAGCCUUAACUUCCCUCGUCGACGCAAAACCCCUGCGACAUGACAUCAGGCAGGUGGCAGAAACGCAUCGGAUCAAUAGCACGCACUACAACGACACCUCUGCCGUCGUGCUGGAUGUGUCGUUGAAGGACGCGGCCGGGAGGAACAAUACGUCGCCGCUGCUGUAUGGGUGGAUGUUUGAGGAUAUUAGUCACUCCGGCGACGGCGGUAUAUACGCGGAAUUGAUCAAGAACCGGGCUUUCCAGGGCUCGACAUCCACCGUCAAACAAGCACCCGGCAUUUCAGGCGACAGCGUGGUUGCUGCACAGAACCCCAUCGUCCCGUUUGGCCCCGUCCUCGACGGAUGGCGACCCAUUGGCGAUGCAAAACUCUCUCUCGACGUGCUUCACCCCCUGUCCGAUGCCCUUCCGGUCGUCCUGCAGAUCGACAUCCCCUGGAACGCCACCGGCGAAGUUGGCUUCCUGAAUGAAGGCUGGUGGGGCAUCGACGUCCGGCCGCAGACAUACAACGCCUCGUUCUACAUGCUGGCCAACGCCCCGCGAUACAACAAGACGCUGACCAGCAUCAACCUGUCGCUGCGGUCGAACCUGACGGACGACGUCUGGGCCACGACGACGAUCCACGUCGACCCGGACAAGGUCCCCACGUUCGACUACGAGCAGUACCAGGCCAGCAUCGUCAACACGGUCAAGGCGCCCAACUCGAACAACACCUUUGCCAUCACCUUCAAUGCGGACGAGGUGGCUGGCUCGACAUUCUACUUUGGCCUCGUCAGUCUGUUCCCUGAGACGUUCAACAACCGUCCCAACGGUCUGCGCAAGGACCUCGCCCAGGGCAUCAAGGACAUGGGCGCGAAAUUCCUCCGCUUCCCAGGCGGCAACAACCUCGAGGGAUACUCCAUCUUCCAGCGGUGGAAGUGGAACGAGACCAUCGGCCCGUUGCGAUACCGCAAGGGACGCGUCGGCAACUGGGAAUACUACAACACCAACGGGCUGGGUCUGCUGGAGUUCCUGGAGUGGACGGAGGACCUCGGCAUGGAGCCCGUUCUGGCCGUGUACGCCGGAUUCUCGCUCGACAUAUGGGGCCAGGAGGGCACGUCCUACCCCGAAGACCGCAUGGACGAGAUUGUGCAGGACAUCCUGAACGAGCUGGAGUACUGCAUGGGCGACGUCAACACGCACUACGGCGCUCUGCGCGCGCAGCACGGCCACCCGGAGCCGUUCGAUAUCAAGUACAUCGAGAUCGGCAACGAGGACUGGUUCUCCAGCACGUAUCCCUACCGGUUCCCCAUCAUCUACAAGGCCAUCAAGUCCGCGUACCCCAACAUCACCCUCAUCUCGACCGCCUACAACGAGAACGCCAACUACACCAUCGACAUCCCCGCGGGCGGCAUGUGGGACACGCAUCACUACGAGACGCCGUCCUUCUUCCUCGAGAACUUCAACUACUUCGACAACUGGCAGGCGGCGACGAACAACACCGACGUCAAGAUCUUCGUCGGCGAGUACUCCGUCUACCAGAUCGACACACCGGACGGCUACGUCAACUUCAGCAACCCGGAGGGCAUCCACAUGUUCUUCCCGGAGCUCGUGUCGGCGAUCGCAGAGGCAGUCUAUCUGCUCGGCGCAGAGCGCAAUCCGAACACGGUCACCAUGACCUCGUACGCGCCCAGCUUCCAGAACCUGAACUGGUACAACUGGUCGCCCAACCUGGUGGCCUUUACUGCCAAUCCCGACGAGACGGUCUUCAGCACCAGCUACUACAUGCAGAAGAUGUUUGCCAAUCACCGGGGCACGCAGACGCUGCCAGUGAAGAAUUCCAAGGGAGACUUUAACCCGCUGUGGUGGGUUGCAACGAUUGACGAGGGGGCUGGUGUUGUUUACUUCAAGAUCGUCAACUCGGGAAACUCCUCCAUCCCGUUGACAAUCAACCUCGACCAGGCAUACAAGGGAGUCAAUGGGACGAUACUGGUGCGUCGCAGAAUCUGCCUUCAGCUACAUAUAUAUACCGUUCCUGACGAACUGACAAUUGCCUUUCUACAGACACACCCCAACCUCUACGGAUUCAACUACCUGAACAACCAGACUGCCAUCGUGCCUGUUCCGGCGAACAUCACUUCUCCCUCGAAGAGUCAGAACCGCUUCGAUUGGGAUGUCCCGAAGUAUUCGGUCACGGUGUUGCAGUUUGAUAUUUAA